AUGGUGACUACCGCACCCGUUCCCUUGGAUCGUUUCCUCUACAACCAGUUGUUGGACAAUCUCAUCAACGACCUCUACACCACCGUUAACGGUUUCAGUCAGGAUAAUGUCGAUAAGCGCCAAGACCACACCGUCGAUGACAAUUGGGAGCCGAUCGAUAAGGUUGUGAAGGCUGUUGACAAGAACCAGUUCCUGGGCAUUGUCGCUAAUCUUGGCACUACCAAGCGACUGUUUACGGGAAACGACGCGUAA